CGGGGUCUGUAUAACGUUCAGCAUCACCUCUCGAUCUCUCCAUUCUCCGUCAUCGUCGUCUGUCGGUCUGUCUCGUCCGUCCGGUUCUCUGCGUUGUCGAGGAGAAAGGAAACCAAGCAAGCCAAAAAAAAGAUAGCUCUUCGCUCUUGACUUUAGCUCGUUAGGCAGGGAAAACAACUCUUUCGAGCUCCGGCUGUCUCAAGUAAAAGGAAGGACGCUCUAUCUAUCAUCCGUACACACAACUACACAAUCUCUGAUUCGGUUCGCGACCGCAUCUUAUACCAGGACAAGUGAUACCGUUUCCCGGCUGUUGUGAGACAACAAUUUCGCUCGCAAGCACUUUAUAAACACAAAACACCAAAAAAAAAAAGUCAGACUAGCCCGGAUCAACUUCACCUCGAAGCCUGCCUCUAUCUCUCUGCGCAUAUCAUCUGCACAGAGAAUAAGAAAAAGAGAACCCACUGCCUUUGAAGAUGGCCGAACCUCAAACUCAGGCUCAAGCUAACGAGCCCGUCGAGCGAGUAGAGGAAACUCCCGCUCAGACCGAGCAGCCAGAGCAGGCAACUUCUGUCCCUGCUCAACCUGAAGCUGAUGCCGGAGCGGCCUCUUUCCAAGCUCAGCAAGAACGUAUGAAGGCUCUUCACAAGAACUGUGCCGAGGGUGACGUCUUGGGCGUAAGGGGGAUCUUGAGCGGGAGCUUGGAAUUGUUGGAGAGUAUCGACCCUGCGACUGGUCUGACUCCCAUGUUGCAAGCGAUCUAUGCCAACCAAGUCGAGGUUGUCAAGGAGUUGAUGAUGGCAGGCGCCUACCCCCCUCCUCCUACCGUAACCUCCGAGCCGGCCAUCCUCGCUGUUCUCUACCCUCAGCUUCCUCCCGCCCAGUUUGGUAUGCCUCCUGCUCCUGCGCACUUUGCGCCUAUGCCCAACCCGGGUUCGUCGAGCGAGUUUGCUGGAUCCGAAUUCGCUCCCAUCUUCCCAGGAAAUGGUCAGCACCGGACGUCGGUGUCUCAGGAGAGGCACCAUGAUGCCAACAAGCUCCCUCCUACCGAGGUCUCCAAGACCAUUCCGUGCCGCAACUUCCCCAACUGCAGGUACGGAGAUGCUUGCGUUUUCCAACAUCCCCAGCCUCAGCACUUUUACACUUCAGCGCCUUACCAGCCUGCCGAGUUCGUCCCUGGCGGAUUCCCGGGGAUGCCCAUGUACUAUGGGAUGCCACCACCAGCGCCUUUUGUUCCCCUCGAUGCGCAGACUCCUGCUUUCGCACCUCCUAUGCCUCCUGCUCAGCACAGGCAGUCUGUGGAUGUCAACGGAGCUGCUCCGGUAGCGGUUUCGCCUGCUGCUCCCGCUCCCAUCCCUCUGAACGGAUCGGUCGAGACCAACGGAGUACCCGCUCAGUCCUCGGCGCCGUCUCAACAGGCUCCCGUCUUCCACCCCCGUGCUGCCGGGAUGAACGGUUUCCCGGUCAACCAGAUGCCGUUCUCUCAACAAGCUGGGUUCGAUCAGAGCAAGAAGGGACAUCACGUCAAGCGAAUGUCGUUCGGAGGGGUCCCCAAGGCUGCUUGGGCUGUCAAUGGCGGAGGUCCUGCUGCUACGCUCGCCCGACAGGCAGCUCUCGGUUCGUGGAGCAAUGGACAACCGCCAGCAUGCGUCUUUUUCCAGAACAGCAAGUGCAGGAACGGAGAGAUGUGCAAAUUCCCUCACAUCAUGCCGGAUGGUACUGACAGUCGUCAUCCCGACGUGAUCGCUGGCACCGUCGCCGCCGCGCCUGUAUCGACCAACCCUAACUUCAGGCCUCCCACGAGGGGUCGAGUGCCUGUGGGAAACAACUUCCACUUUGAGCGUCAGCAACACUUUAUGAAGGUUCAAGCCAUGAGGCAACAACAGGUCGCUUCUCGCGCUUCGCAACCGUCGACAGGGACGACGAGUCCUGCCGAGAAGACUGAGACCGUCGCUGAGACUGAAGCUGCGUCUGCUGCCCCUGCAAGCGAGGAAUCCGCUGCUCCCAAGGCCGAGCCUGCGGCAAACGCUGUUCCUGUCGCUCCCAAGGCUCAGGCCGCUGCCCAGGCUGCUCCCCGUACGAGAAGCGUGCCAAACACCCGGGCUCAUUCGCCGAAUGCCAAUGUCCCUACCAAUUCGCGAGCUCCUCGUAUCGGUGGAAGAUCAACGCAGGUCGGAAAUGGUCAAGCCGCUCGAUCGACCUCGAUCCCUGCUGUUGCAAAGGAGGUCAAGCAGAAGCUCCCUAGUGCCGACGACUUUCCGGCCCUUGCCGGUUCGACCGGAUCCCUCAAUGGCGACAGCGGUGUCAUCGUCAAGCCUGGUCCUUAUGGUAACAAGACGGCUGCUCAAGUGUUGUCUGCGCCCGCUCCUCACAAGCCGGUAGCUACUGAGUCUGAAGAGGUCAAGGCCGGUUCUCGAUCCAGGACUUCUUCUGUAGGACAGGGUCUCUCUACCGAGUCUGAUGACGAAGCCGUUGUCAUCUCCAUCAAGGAGACUCCUGAAGCCUCGACUGUGCCCAGCGUGUCCGCAACUCCUUCGUCGGUACCCAAGGCCCCCAUCAGCUUUGCCUCGAUCGCCAGCAAGACGUCGACGGAAACCCCUAUGAUGGUAGUUUCCCAGGCUUAAAUCAUCUGCGAAGUAUCGCACGUUUGAUCAAAAGGCGCAUCACCGGCCGCGCCAAAUUCCUUCCUUGUUUCAUACUCUCCCCACCGCCCUAGCCCAGCACCGUCUCUCGUCUUAUCAGGUUUCCGGUCUUUCUCGCUCUAGCAUACAACAACGAUAACGCCGCUCUCGUGAAGCCUCAGCUCUCGACUGCCUACAACAUUCCUCGCACCAUAUAUGGACAGGCUCGACCUCUACGCUCCGGACCGCUCGCCGACACUUUCAUCUCUGCGCCCUGUGUCGACGCGAUCUCGGAGGAUGGAUGAUCUCGGACGCCGCUUUUUCUUUCCACUCACUGCUUGCUCGCUUUUCUCCGUCCGUCGCAUGACUGUUGCCACCUUGCAUGUAUUCAGAUCUAGUUUCCCCUUCUCCGUGUUGUCGCUUUGGCCUAGCCGAGGUCGUUGUCACUCAAUGAUAUUGGCAUUUUUGUAUUA